AUGUCGUCGCCGCGAGCGUCAUCGCAAGGAGAGUUUGAUGCCAAUGGUGCUGCCAUUGACGACCGGCCGCGGCUGACGGAAGACGAGAAGAAGCAGAACCACAUUGCGUCAGAACAAAAACGUCGACAGGCUAUUCGUGAUGGAUUUGACCGCCUGACUGAGCUGGUGCCCGGGCUGCAGGGCCAAGGCCGAUCCGAGGGGCUGGUGCUGAAACGCACCGUCGACUUUAUCCGGGCCAAUCUGGAUGAACGCCAGAAGCUGAUCCGGCAGGUUGAGGCCAAGGGCGGCAAGGUCGAGGACUACCUGCGGGUGUGA